CAGAACGCGCAUCUCUGAGGGUGCGCGCUCCCGCGGUUCCUCCCGCACUGGCCGCGUUCCCGCUUCUCCGCUCUUCAAGGGGGGGGGACGCCCGGAGAGACACCCGACGCCCGGAAAUACACCCGACUGUGUCAGGAGGGAGCGGGGGCACCGGAGAGGAGCGGCUCGGGCAUCCACGAAGACACGCCUCCCCGGGAGACAGCCCGUUAUCCUGCGGCACUAAGCGGACGACGGUCCCCGCCGCCCCAGGAUCACCAUGAGCUGGGGCACGGAGCUGUGGGAUCAGUUUGAUAACUUGGAGAAGCACACGCAGUGGGGGAUCGAGGUGCUGGAGAAAUACAUAAAGUUUGUGAAGGAGCGAGCGGAGAUCGAGAUCAACUAUGCAAAACAGCUGCGAAAUCUUUCAAAAAAAUAUCAAACAAAGAAAAACUCCAAAGAAGAGGAAGAGUCCAAGUACACGUCAUGUAAAGCCUUCCAGACCACGCUGAACGAGACGAACGACUACGCCGGGCAGCACGAGGUCAUCUCCGAGAACAUGACGUCCAUGAUCAUGGCGGAGCUGACGCGCUUCGUGCAGGAGCUCAAGCAGGAGAGGAAAUCGAACUUCCAUGAGGGUCGCAAGGCUCAGCAGCACAUGGAGACCUGCUGGAAGCAGCUGGAGUCGAGUAAGAGAAGAUUUGAGCGGGACUGUAAGGAGGCGGACCGGGCGCAGCAGUACUUUGAGAGGAUGGACGCUGACAUCAAUGUCACGAAGGCCGAUGUGGAGAAAGCGCGGCAGCAAGCGCAGAUACGUCACCAGAUGGCCGACGACAGCAAAGGAGAUUACUCGUCCGUCUUACAGAAGUUCAACCACGAGCAGCAGGAGCAUUACCACACGCACAUCCCCGCCAUCUUCCAGAAACUGCAAGACAUGGAGGAAAAAAGGAUAUCAAGGCUGGGCGAGUCGCUGAAAUCCUACGCAGAAAUAGACCGCCAGGUGAUCCCCAUCAUCGGGAAGUGUCUGGACGGGAUCACGAAAUCCGCAGAAUCCAUCAACGGGAAUCAGGACUCCCAGACGGUGAUAGAAUCCUUCAAGUCCGGCUUUGAGCCUCCUGGAGAAGUGGACUUUGAGGACUUCACCCAAUCUAUGAAGCGCACGGUGUCGGACACCAGCCUCACCAACACCCGAGCGGACGUCAAGAGCGACCCCAAGAUCCCCGGCAAAUCCCGCGGCAAACUGUGGCCUUUCAUCAAGAAAAACAAGCUUAUGUCCCUCUUAACGUCCCCUCAUCAGCCCCCUCCUCCUCCCCCUGCCUCACCCUCUGCUGUUCCCAACGGCCCCCAGUCUCCCAAGCAGCAAAAGGAGCCCCUCUCCCAUCGCCUCAACGACUUCAUGACCUCCAAACCCAAAAUCCACUGCUUCAGAAGUCUAAAGCGCGGGCUUUCUCUGAAGCUGUGUUUUGGCUUCCACCAGGGGGCGACACCGGAGGACUUCAGCAACCUGCCCCCGGAGCAGAGGCGGAAGAAGCUGCAGCAGAAGGUGGACGAGCUGAACAAAGACAUCCAGAAAGAGAUCGACCAGAGAGACGCAUUGACGAAGAUGAAGGACGUGUACAUGAAGAAUCCACAGAUGGGAGAUCCCGCCAGUGUUGCACAGAAACUCAUAGAAAUCGGUAACAACAUUGAGAAGCUGCGGAUCGAGGCGCAGAAGUUUGAGGGCUGGCUGGCGGAGGUCGAAGGGCGGUUGCCGUCACGCAACGAUGGCUCGCGCCGGCAGAGCGCCCUGUACGAGACCCAGAACACUGCACCAGUCAGUAACUGCGCCCAGGACCGAGAGAGUCCGGAUGGGAGUUAUACAGAAGAUCAGAGCCAGGAGACAGAGGUGAAGGUGACGCCCACAGAAUUUGACGAUGACUUCGAUGACGAGGAGCCCCUCGCCACCAUAGGAACCUGUAAAGCCUUAUACCCCUUUGACGGUGAAAACGAAGGAACCAUAUGCGUAGCAGAGGGAGAAAUACUGAGCGUCAUCGAGGAGGACAAAGGUGACGGCUGGACGCGAAUCCGGAGGAACGAGGAGGAGGAGGGCUACGUCCCCACGUCCUAUAUCGAAGUGUAUCUGGACAAAAACGCCAAAGGUGCUAAGACUUACAUCUAAGCUGGUCUGUGCGGGGGAGGGGCACCGCACCCCUUAAAACCGUCAUGGCCGCCUCGGGUGUAUGAAGAACAGAAGCUGUGAUGGGAUGAAAUCGCUGUGUUAUAAGCAUAGCCCCACCCCCAUAGCCCACCGCUCCACCCAGUCGGGGUGCUGUACCCUCAGAAUCAGCCCCCAAGGCGAUGGUUCGUAGACAGUGCGUCCGGGUGUCUUAUAGUCCGUGAAAUUCCCAUAAUCCGGUAUUUACAGUGGCGCAAAUGUGAAUCACUAGCACCAUUGUUUAUUUCGUCAUGACCGCUUUUUAGACUCCAGGAUGAUGAGGGUAAAUCAGAAGUAGUCCCGUAUCAGAGAAUCAGCGUUUACGGACUACAGGCGAGAUCUGCCUAGAUAGCCUUCACCUCCAUGCUUGUUUGCGGGCCCGCCAUCUGUGUCAUGUUGUGGCUAAUAUUUUAUUUUUUAAAGAUGCGGCUCCGGCAUCAGAAUAAAUGACGUUAUUUUUUAUACCAGUCUGCAGAUUAUUGCAUCACAAGCGCGAUGUUUGGCACCACGGGGUCAGUGACUCAAAUGAAGCCCACCAGAAAUGUAAUAUUUCUAAACUUCCAGAGCUGCACUCAAAAUUCUGCCUCCAUACAAGUCCAAUUUAUCAACUUACAGCUGCUCAUCGGGCACUUGCUGAAAUGUAGGCCCCCUCUGCUUGCUGUCAGUGAACGGGAACUUUUUAAUUUACAUCUCAUCCUUACCUAAUACUGAGGGU